AUGUCUGAAGAUUGUGGCAAUAGCAAAAAUGCAGAUUACAAAAAGGUGUUUGUAAGAGGUAAGUGUGUAUCAUUCUCUCCUUCUGUGAUUAAUCAAUUCUUGGGAAGAACAAAUGAAGCUCAAACCGAGCUGGAAGUAACAGACAACCAAGUAUGUCAAGUGAUCACAGCCAAGCAGGUAAAAAGCUGGCCCAUGAAAGAGAAGCUAAUCACAAGUAAGCUGAGCAUCAAGUAUGCAAUGCUUCACAAAAUAGGAGCAGCUAAUUGGGUUCCAACAAAUCACAAGCCCACUAUCUCAACUGUGCUUGAUAGAUUUUUGUAUGUUGUAGGAACAAAGGCAAAAUUUGAUUAUGGAACAUAUAUUUUUGACCAAACCAUGAAGCAUGCUGGAAGCUUCAGUAUUAAGGGUCCAAUUGCCUUUCCAUCUCUCUUGAGUGGUAUAAUUCUGGAUCAAUAUCCAAACAUUCUCAACGAACAUGAUAUGGUGUGCAAAAGAGAAAGUCCCUUGGCUUUCCAUUACAAACUAUUUAAGGGGAAGCAUGUUCUAGACAUUGUCAUGACAUCUGCUGAAACUUCCAAAUCAGGAGCAUCAGUCAGUAAAGCAGAAGUCAUAGCAAUCCUAAAAGAGACUUGCAAAGAAUUGGAAGCUAGAAAAAUGUCUCUUGAACAAAUGAUACGAACUCUAAAAAUGGAUGAGAAAGAGGAGUUUGCAGAUACAGAAGAGAUGGAAGAAAAAUAUGAUCAAGAAGUGGAGGAAAAAAGUGCUAUAGUCCUGCUGAUGACUUUGAGAAAGAAGGUUCUUCAGACACCUCAGCUGGUUCUGACUCUGAGCAGUAAUUGCAACUAG